GAAAUCUUGAAUUUCUCCUGCAUAUAUAAAAUCUCAGCUUCAUUGUUCUCUCUUCUUCCCCACACAAACCAAAAAGCAAAACCCUCUUGUGCAAGCAGCAGCAGCCAUGGCGAAACGUUUAAUCCCAACACUGAACAGGGUUUUGAUUGAGAAAAUUACAGCUCCUGCUAAAACAAAUGCCGGUAUUCUUCUUCCAGAGAAGUCCUCUAAGCUGAAUUCUGGGAAAGUGGUGGCUGUUGGGCCAGGACUGCAUGACAAGGCAGGGAACUUGAUCCCUACUGCUGUCAAGGAAGGUGACACUGUCUUGUUGCCUGAGUAUGGUGGUACUCAAGUCAAGUUGGGGGAGAAAGAGUUUCAUUUGUACCGGGAUGAAGACAUUUUGGGGACACUGCAUGACUGAAGCAUCUUUAUAAACAUUUGAGUUCAUUGAGGGUAAUUUAAGGGGGAUGGGGAGGUUAAUUUCAAGGAUGUUUUUGGUUUUAAGUGUUAGACAAUUGUGUUUGAGAUAUCUAAUGCAACGAUAGUUGAAUAACCUUUUGCAGUUCAGUUCUUGACUUGAAAACCUUUUUGUAUUUGUGCAAUUGUUGUUAACACAUCAUGUUUUAUAUCAAAUGUUGAAAAAAUGAAAGUAUUUCUCAUAAAA